AUGGCGCUCCCUCCUGAGACCGUCGAGGACUGGUUCCGCCUCGUCCCGAACUUGCUCGGGAAUGAAGGUUGGCUGGUUGCCUUCGAUGGCUCCGACAGGCUGCUGCACCGGCACAGCCCGUGGGGCGGACAGCUCAUCAGGUUCUCGGUGCGGGACCUCGAGGCCCAGAGCCCCCUUGCCGAUGCCGCCACGCUCUUCGUUUCACCGGAGGUGCGUGCCUGGGCCUUGCGCACGUUUCCGGAGCUGAAGGAUGAGGAGUCCUUCGAGGUGAUUGAGCAGCUGGCGCCGGGGGAUGCCGUGGUGGUGCGGAAGCUGCCGUGGAGGUUCUUGUCACUUUGUGGCCUAUUCUUCUGCACGUUCAGCGAGAUCUACGCCGACCGGCACUUCUUCCAUCCGCUGUAUCCCAGCAAGUUCCGCCAGAUUGUUCGGCGCAGCUUCCCUCGGCCUGGAGACAGCGUCAUGGCACUUCAAAGCCUCGAGGCCCCCUUCGAGGCCAUCGCCGUGUCCUACGCGCAGAAGCCCGGCACCUUUGCGAUGGACUUCAUCUUCCGGGUGUGCAGCGAGGGCUUGGCGAACUGGGCUUCCCUGCACUUUGCCGCCAUACUUGAGUCUGCAAGGCAACAUGCGCUGUGGUUCGUGAACCGGCCUCGCGUAGUGGAGAUGCGGGGGGCGGAUGCGCAGUGGUAUGUCGUCCUUACCAUCCAAAGCUGGCGGCGGGGCCGACCUCUGGUUCCCUUGGCGGCGGAGGACAUGGCGGCAGAGGAGGAUGUGACGAUCAUCGAUGCUGGCCAGCAUGAAGGGCUCAGGUCUUGGAUCCGUUAUCAUCCCCGAAUGGCUGGCGGCAGCUGCUUCCUGCUCUCGGAGUAUCUCACGCUGUUCUUGCAUCGUAUCGGCGAGCACGUGACUGCGUUCCAGUAUAUCGGUGAACAGCAGCUGCUACCGUACCAGUGCGCCAUUCAGAGGGACGAGUGGAACCGAGUGCAGGCGCACUUCCACCGCGCCUAUUCGCUGCAGAAGGCUGCGUACCGCCACUCCCGUGGGGGUCCGACGGCUCCUGGUGUUUGUGAAAACCACGACCCGCGCUUCGGCAAGAACCACAAUCCUGCACCCACGCGGCAGCGAGUGCAUGCUGUGAAGACCGUUGUGCGCAACACCUUCAUCGAGCUGGAUGUCACCGGCGCCGGUGCGUUUAAAGGAAAGUCUUGGUGGUUGUUCUGGAACUCCACGGCUGCUGUACAGGGCCUGGCCGCUGAGUGCUUCCGCAACCUUCCUUGGCUCUUGUACAGCGGCGCCGGAGCACUGGCUCUUCUGUUCCUCAUUGGGCAAUGCCCCUCUGCACAGCACCACAGGCUCUUCCUGCAAAGUCCCUCGUGGGCAAGGCCGGGAGCUACGUCCCCGCCCUUGCCGCCCGAGCGCCAAUCUCUGAGCCUCAGGUGCAAAGUUCUGUUGUGUUCGACGUUGGAGUUGCCGGCUGAUGCAGACGAGACCAGCACCGUGGACUCCAGCGGCAGUGAUGUUGAUGAGAAGGAGGAGAUCGACGUUCAGUCUUGGAGCAUCGUGGGUCGCAAGAUCUUCGCGCGCCUCGCCGAGUGUGACAGUGAUGACGACUUCGAUGUCAUGCAGAACCCGCCGAUCAACACGCACGCUUGGAGUGCAGUGGGGGCCAAGAUCUUCAGCACUCUCGCUGAGUUUGACGAUGAGGACUGA